AGGAUGACCAAACAAUCAAUGGCUUCAUCAAGAUCUUGUUCUCAUCACAACGCUUUCUUCUCAAUCCUUCUUUCCUUUUCGUUAAUAAUCUCAGCCUCCCACAUAGCCAUUGCUUCUUCUUCUUCAUCUUCUUCAAGCUCCACCAAUACCCUAGAAACCUACAAAGCUUUCAUUAAAGAUUACUGUAACUCCACCACAUACCCUAAAAAUUGCUACAAGUAUCUCUCUCCCUAUGCCUCUAUCAUCAAAACAAGCCCUCUAGUUCUCACCAAAUCCUCUAUUUAUCUUGCUCUCAAACAAACCAGCAAGUCCUUUUCUGCUCUCAAAUUGCUCUCCAAGGUCAAGGGUCUAACUCGCAAUGAAACCCUAGUCAUCAAGGACUGUGUCGAGAACAUCUACGAUUCACUCGAUGAAGUCAAGCAAUCGGCCAUCGCCGUCAAGGGCUUGACCGGCGGUAGCACCUCCGAUGAGGCAUUCCAAUGGAGUAACAUAAAGACGUGGAUGAGUGCUGCCAUUACAAGUUAUACGACUUGCACUGAUGAGUUUGAUGAGAUGAAGAUAAGUGAUUCGUUGCAGAAGAAGAUCACAAGUGGUGUCUCAAAAGCUCAAAAUAUGGUUAGCAAUGCUCUCUCGGUCGUCAACAAGUUCACUGAUUUCUUAUAAGGCAAUCAGAUUUGGAUCCUCUCAGAGCUCACAGAUCAAAUUGAAUAGGGAAAUUACAACUGUUGGUCCUAUAUUUUUUUAGUGUGUUUUGAUAUUAGUUUUUAUACUUUUUUUUAUUUGCUUCAAGAUCCCUAAGUUUCAUCUGUAUGUAACAUUAGUUCAAUAUUUUUAAAUAUGACCAUAA